CUUCCAGAACUCUGAUUUGCAGCAUCCAGAGCAAAGAUGGGAAAAGCAAACUCCUGCCUGAAGUUGGCUUUUAUCCUCCUCAAUGUGUUUUUCGUGGUCAUUGGAUUCGUGAUCAUACACGUGUCCGUGAUGUCGUCUUACUCCAGCUACAAGGUUUCUGGAUUUAAUGACCUCAACCUGUUAAAGAUAUGGGUGUUCGCCCUGGUCGUCCUCUUCAUCGCCGUCCUGGGAAUCUACGCCGCCGUCACAGAGAACAACGUCAUGCUGAUGAUCUUCGCAGGUCUGACGAUAAUCAUGAUGAUCAUCUAUCUGAUUAUGGGGGUUUUAUUCACUAUCUAUAGAAAAGUGCUAAUAGAUAAUUUCUACAAACCUGAUGAAGAAAUGAUGAAGCUCCUACUUAACGGGACCGAGAUUCAAGAAAUACAAAAAAAAGGCGAAUGCUGCGGAGUGUUUCGUGCAGAAGACUGGGGUGCGAUCAUCCCACCAUCCUGCGAAUGCACAGUAAAAGGACCGGACACGAAAUCGAAAUGUAAACCCAGACCUCAGGGAACCACGGGUCCAGAUCAGAUCUUUUCAGAGCCCUGCAAAGACUUUUUUAAUAUAGUAAUUAGAAUGAUUCCGACUCUUUGCAUGGUGCUUUUCUAUGGAUUUCUUUCCGUUGAAAUUCUUCUUCUGGCGCUCAGCUGCCUCCUGAUCCAUCAAAUCAGAAGAUCCAACUCAGGCUGCGCUUUCACAUGAGGAAACCUUGAAAGUCACUUUCUUUCUCUCUUUUCAAGAAAAAAUCAAGACAUCAUCAACUGACUGGUCCAUAUAAAUUUUAAAUUGGUAAAAUGUAAAUAGAAUCAUACUGCAAACUGAAUUAUUUCAGAUGUUUUGUUUUUGUGACCACGCAGUUAUUAGUGUAAAGUAAGAAAUCUGCAAAUAACCAACAAAAAUAAAAUGUUAUAUAUUCUUGUCAGAGGUUUUGCUCUUGAUGUGGAUUAAAACUUUUACUGAAAUAUAA